GAAUUUCUUAUACUGAUGAUGAUUUUUUUUAUUAUAAUAUAUUUAUCGAAUUUUUUAACAUAUACGCCUAAAGCUUAAUGUUUAGACAAUAAAUUUGGUAAACCUAAUAAUAUUUUUGAGAAUAUAUCAAAUAAAAUUUCAAAUAGUUAUCAGUUUUAUUGUCUAAAACCUAUACAUGGUGCAUAGGUAAAAAACCCGUAAAUUAUAUAUUUUUUUUAUAUUGUUUUUUUUCACGUAUGCAUCAUUAUGCAAAUUAAAUUACCCACAUAUGAUAUGAUCUUAAGUUGGUGCUUGCAGGUUGUGAUUGGUAAUGGUGUACUUGAAAUCACGAUAUCAAAUCCAGAUGGAAUCGUCACAAAGAUAAAGUUCAAUGGUAUAGAAAAUUUGCUUGAAGAAACAAAUGAAGAAGAUAACAGAGGAUAUUGGGACCUUAACUGGAGUGAUGCAGGAUCAACUGGGACAACAGGAUAUUAUGAUAGGAUCAAAGGAACAAGUUUUCAAGUAAUAGUAGAGGAUGAAGAUAUGGUGGAGGUUUCCAUCACAAGAACAUGGAACCCCACUUCUCAAACUAAGCUUGUGCCUUUAAACAUUGACAAAAGGUUUGUAGUGCUCCGCGAAUCAUCAGGAUUCUACUCCUAUGCAAUUUAUGAGAAGUUAAUGGAAUGGCCGGGAUUCAAUCUCCCUCAAACAAGGAUUGUUUUCAAGCUUAAUAAAAAGUGGUUUGAGUAUAUGGUUGUAGCAGAUGACAGACAAAGAAGAAUGCCACUUCCUGAGGAUCGGUUGCCAGAAAGAUGCCAAAUCCUAGAUAUCCCUGAAGCAGUGCUUCUUACUAACCCAAUUGAAGAUGAAUUCAAAGAAGAGGUGGAUGACAAAUACCAAUAUUCAUGUGAGAACAAGGAUCUUCAAGUGCACGGAUGGAUAUGCACAGAUCCCCCAACUGGAUUCUGGCAAAUAACACCAAGUGAUGAGUUUCGAACUGGUGGACCCCUCAAGCAAAAUCUUACUUCUCAUGUUGGCCCUACUAAUCUUGCGAUGUUCAUAAGUGCUCAUUAUGCUGGGGAGGACAUGGUGGCUAAAUUUAAACAAGGCGAGGCAUGGAAAAGGGUGUUUGGUCCUGUUUUUAUGUAUUUUAACUGUGGCCCUAAGGAACUUGAUUGGCACUGGCUCUGGGACGAUGCAAAAAACCAGAUGUUGAUUGAAACAGAAAAUUGGCCUUACUCUUUUCCAGCUUCCCAGGAUUAUCCAACAUCUGACCAGAGGGGCAAUGUCUCUGGUAGAUUACUAGUCUAUGAUAGGUAUUCUAACGAUGAUGUUAUUCCAGCAAAUGGAGCAUAUAUAGGUUUAGCUUCUCCAAACGAAUCUAAAUCUUGGCAACUCGAAAGCAAGGGUUACCAGUUUUGGACAACAACAGAUGAGGAUGGCUAUUACUCGAUAAGUGAUAUAAGACCUGGUGACUACAACCUUUAUGCUUGGGUUCCUGGUUUCAUAGGCGAUUACACAUUCCACGACAACAUUUCUGUAACUGCAGCAGGAUGUGAUAUUGAUAUGGGGCAGCUAGUAUAUGAAGCUCCAAGUGAUGGACCAACAUUAUGGGAAAUUGGUAUUCCUGAUCGAACUGCUAGACAAUUUUUCAUCCCUGAUCCCAACCCUAAGUAUGUCAACAGACUCUACCUUAAUCAUCCUGACAGAUUCAGACAAUAUGGUUUAUGGGAAAGAUAUGCCGAUUUAUAUCCUAAUGAAGAUCUAAUCUAUACAAUUGGCACAAGUGAUUACGAAAAAGAUUGGUUUUUUGCUCAAGUUACAAGGAAGAAAGGCAAUACUUAUCAAGGAACUACAUGGCAAAUUAAGUUUGAACUCCAAGAUGUGAACGUGAAUGGACUUUAUAAACUAAGAUUAGCACUUGCAACUGCAAAUCUGGCUGAAUUACAGGUUCGAGUAAAGAAUCCAAAAUCAGAGACUCCAUUAUUUACGACUGGACUAAUAGGGAAAGAUAAUGCGAUUGCAAGGCAUGGGAUUCAUGGACUUUACAGGCUUUAUACAGCAGAUAUACAUGGAACUGAACUUAAACAAGGUGAUAAUACGAUCUACUUAACUCAAGCUAAUGGUGGAAGUCCUUUUGUUGGGAUCAUGUAUGACUACAUUCGCCUCGAAGGCCCCACAGAUUCUGAUCCAUGAAAAAUCUUCUAGAAUAUUCUACUAUCUAGAAAAUUAUGUGUUGUGAUCCAUGUUAUGCAACAAUGUUAUAGUAUGGUUUAUUUCUAUGUCUUACUAGAUACUCUUUCAAUCUACGAAAUGAUAUUAUUAUUAUACUUGAUAAGUAUAAUUAUUU